UUCCUGUUUAAAAUUAUAUUUUCAGAAUCAAAAUGAAUGAAUUUGAUUCUCAAAGAUUGGAAAUUCAUAAAGAUCUUCAGAGUAUAGAAGCAGUUUCUGAUGAUAAAAGAAUAUUAAAACAGAUAAUGAUUGAUAUUCUCAACCUGAGGAAUGGAAUGGAAGAUAACCUACUUCUAAUCCAACAAAUCCACCGGAUGAUACAGAAGGAAGGAGAGGAGCAGAGGGGAUUUAAUGAUGUAAUCAAUGCUGCCCAGCAACAUAUUGACGCAAUUAUAACUGUUUAUGCAAUGGGAGUAUCCUGGCUGAAGAACGAUACUGACUUUGCUCUCAGCUUUAUUCAAGAUGGAAACCUGGAGACACAUGAAGACGACCUGACCGACGAAUAUGGUGAUAUUAGAACAGAUUUAGCUGAUACGGUCGGUAUAGAUCACAGCUACGUAAUUCUUCCUCAAACAUUGAGGAAAAUAAAGACUCCAUUAAAAAAAAGAGAGGGUUCAGUUCUAUUAACACGCCGUGAAACAUCCACUGUACACUCUACACUCAGAGGGUUCAGUCCUAUUGAUGACUCUGCCUACUCCAACACAAAACACCUGGAUAGUUCUGAUCUGAACCAAGAUGAAACUGAAAUAAAAACAGAAAACGAGGAAUCUAAUCUCACGGUGGACGUUGACCCCAGCACUGUAUUGAAUCUAGAUGUUAAAGUGGAGGAACCUUAUUUUGACCAUAUUAACCAACAAACAGGAAUGGAAUCUGAACCUGUUCUUUUUACUAAAAACGGCGGAAGAGUUUUGGUAUUUAACGGUUAUAUUUUCCGACGGAAUCGAGCUGUGGAAUCAACUAAUGUAAUGUACUGGAAGUGCCAGGAAAAUAAAACUAGAAAACCAAAUUCGUGCAAAGCUAAUCUGAAAACUACUUAUUUUGAUGUUAUGAUUGACAAACCUGGACCUCAAGUGAUCAUUGAGGGGACUCUUCAUAAUCACUCAGUACCUGAAGAUCAGAUGAUUUUGGUUGAACUUGUUUGUAAUUUCAAGAAAAUAUUAAAACAAGACCCAUCUAGAUCUUUAAGGUCUAUUUACGACGAACUAGUGAGUGGUUACCCAUCAAAUGCUCCUGUUCCCCCAUUAGGAAAAAUCAGGCUUCAGUUACGGCGAUUUAAGAAUUCGCAGCUGGCAGCCGUUGAAAGGGAUGAAAUUCACACAGAAUAAAAGGAUAAUAAUAUAUUACAAAAAACAACGAAUUUUUCGAAAGAAACCAUGAUUAAUUGUUUUUCACGAAUAUUUCAUACAAUUUCUGGUCAUUUAAUCUUCUAACAUUAUUUUUUACGAUCAAUUUGUUUACUUUGUUUACUAUUUUUAUUUAAUUUAAGAGCUUGAUCUAGACGAUUAUAUUUACGUCAUCAUAGAUCACUAGUUUUGACAAAAACUAAAUGAAUAAAUGAUUAAUAUUUUCAGA